CGACGAUGAGCAUGCCGGGGGCUGCCGUGGACGCCAUUUGCUUUGGAGCAGGUCGCUUCCUGCGCGCGGUGUUGGUUCCUGCUUGGCGCCAUGUUGACUUGAACGUCGUGGUGCUACAAACUCGGGGCGACGACUUUGUCAAGCAGUGCACCCUCAACAAUUUGCGCUACGAAGUCGAUACGGUGGAACGUGAUGGGUCAGUGUCAAGCCAAGUGGUCCGCGUAGCAGGAGUGGCGUCGCUAGGCGUCGCUGCGCAGAAGGAAGCGUUCUUCCGGCGCAUUCCCGAGUUUACACAGCUUCGAUUCAUUGGAGUGGGUGUGACAGAGGCCGGGAUCCAUCCGUCGAGCCAGGCCAUGAAGGACUUAGCGGCAUUCCUCUCUGCCUUCGUCGAAUACUUUCCUGACAAACCCUUGUCCGUGAUCAACACAGACAACGUCGCUGCCAACGGCGAUACCAUUCGCAAGAUUGUGCUGGCCCUGACUCCCCCCGCGCUCCAAGCACUUGUCGAGGCGCAAGUAACCUUCCACAACUCGAUGGUGGAUCGUAUCACUGCCAGCCGUCCAACAAAUGCGUUGGUGCCGUAUGCCGAGCCCUUGCCGGCGAAAGCGCUUGUCGUUGAAGAUGUGAUGCGAAAGCUUCCCGCGUCGUGGACGACCAUUCCUGGCGUGCACAUUCGAACCCAGCCAAAUGAACUGGCGCAAGAUCACUUGCUCAAGCUUGGCAUUGCGAACGCGACCCACACGGCCAUGGUGUACGCGCUGGCCGUAUCGAAGAUUCCAACCACGACUGCAGCGCCCCCGGCCAUGUUUACGUACUUGGAUGAGCUGUUCCGCCGGGACUUGGCGCCGGGACUGCAAGCGCAUGGCCUUUCCUACGGGUGCAUCCACCAAGUGUACAAGGACUGGGUGUUUCGUCUGCAGCACAAAUACUUUGGCAUGGACACGUUUUUUGUGGCGCAGAAUGCAUGGGCGAAGUACAAGAUGCGGUUGGUUGCGACGGUGGGUCGCCAUUUCAAGAUGAACCCAACGUAUGUGCCCAGUGCAGAGUUUGCCUUUGCCACCGCGUGCGUGCUGCGCUUCCUCACCCCCGUCGACGACGGGUUUGUAACAGCCCGUGGCAAACAGUUCAAAGGAAAAGUGGACGAUGUCGCUGCCACGGUGGUCGUGGGGGCUCCCGACAAGUGGCAGUAUGCGACGGGCCUGGAAGCAAAUUUUUGUCGUGGCGAGUACGACUUUCGCGAUGGCGAACGUGGCGAUGUCCCGCUGUUGCUGCGCCAAACGCGCGUCGAGGUGGCGUCGAUGCCCCCUGCUGAAGCCCAAACAGCCACUGCGACGCUGGUUCGGACGCUUCUCCAGGAUUUGGAUGGCCAUGAGGAUGGCAUGGACGAGCGAUGGCACACGUUUGCCGACAACGUAGCGGUCCUUUACCGUCGAUUCUUCACGGACCCGCCGACUCCCGUGCUGCAAGUCCUUCUUGAGCUCGUGACCCAAGCGACCACGGGGCUCGCCGACGAAGCCGCUAUCAUUCAGCACGUGGCGUACGCGGUCGAGAACGCAUGGGUGGUUGACGUGCACACGCAUUUAUUUCCACCAUCGCACGAGUCGCUCAUGCUUUGGGGCAUCGAUGCCCUACUGACGUACCAUUACCUGGUCGCCGAGUACUUGAUGACGGCGCCGGUCAUGCCCGAAAUGUUUAUGACUUGGUCGACGGCGCGCCAAGCGGAUGCGAUCUGGCAGCAUUUGUUUAUCGAUCGGUCGCCACUCUCGGAAGGAUGCCAAGGAGUUAUCACGACGCUGCAUUUGCUCGGGCUGUCCGAGCUGGUGGCCGCGCGGGAUUUGAAGGGGAUUCGAGACUGGUAUGCGGCGCAAGACAAGCGCGCUUUUGUGGACUCCGUGUUUUGCCUCGCCAAAAUCCGGCAUGUUGUGAUGACAAAUAUCCCGUUCGAUGCGGACGAGGCGCAGUAUUGGAUGGACCACGCGCCGUACAACGCAAACCAGUUCAAGACAGCGCUGCGGGUGGACCAGGUCUUGUUGGGGGAUUGGAAAUCGCUUGGCCCAGCGCUCGAUUCCAGGCAAUUGCCGCACACCCUGGAUGGCGUCCGGACGUACCUGACGGAGUGGCUGGCGAUUCUCCGCCCCGUGUACUUCAUGGCGAGCGUGCCGGCGACGUUUGAGCUGCACGAGGACGUGGACAUGGUCGACUCGACGUCGAUCGAGCCCAACGGCGCCAUGUUGCUCCAGCAUGUCCUGCUGCCUCUCGCGGCGUCGACGCACCUGCCGCUCGCCCUCAAGUUUGGCGCGCUGCGCCAGUUGAAUCCUCGACUGGGUGUGGCCGGCGAUGGCGUUGCGGUCACGGACGUGUCGAUCCUGUCCCGCUUAGCCAAGCAAAACCCAAAGGUGAAAUUCCUUGCGACGUUUUUGUCGCGCGUCAAUCAGCAUGAGGCGACGGUGGUCGCAAACAAGUUUGCCAACGUGCACUUGUACGGGUGCUGGUGGUAUUGCAACAACCCGUCGAUCAUGCAAGAAAUGACGCGCAUGCGGCUGGAACUCGUCGGGACGGGGUUUACAGCGCAGCAUUCGGAUGCGCGCGUGCUGGACCAACUCGUGUACAAGUGGCAUCAUUUUCGCACGGUGCUGCGGGACGUGCUCGCGCCACUGUACACGCAACUGCAUCGACAUGGGUGGUCGGUGACGGCCCGCGACGUGGAGCGCGACGUUGCGCUGCUGCUGGGCCACGGAUACGAAUUGUUUUUGCACAAGGCGCUGUAAAAUCCAAGUUGCGCGCGGGAAACAUGGUAGCUCAUUUGUCGAUGGAAUCGAUUGUGGAUUCACACUGGCCGCACCGAUCGGUACGGUCCGUUGUCUGGCUAACAUCGCUAGCCUGUGAUGACGCGCACCCCAAGCAUGGACACCUUGUGCGCGUCCAUGUUGUCGGGUUGGCGAAUAAACAUCAUGUUGGUCGGGAUGUUGAGCGCGUGGGACAGCCAGUGCACAGUGCUGGGGGAAAACUCGCCCUCGACCACCACCGAAUCAAUCUACAAAACAAAUGGGAGUCAUGACGG